AUGACGAAGUUUCAUGAUGGAGUUCGGAUUUCGUUCAAUAUUGCGUUAGUCUCGGACUUCUUUUGCCCAAAUGCAGGUGGUGUGGAGACGCAUAUAUAUUUUCUAGCGAAAUGUUUGCUGCAAUUGGGGCAUAAAGUAAUUGUAAUAACCCACGCUUAUGGCAAGCGGCGUGGCAUUCGAUAUCUUUCGAAUGGACUCAAAGUCUAUUACCUUCCGUUUAUUGUCAUGUACAAUGGUAGUUGCCUCCCAUCGAUCAUCGGUUCGUUGUACUGGUUUCGACGAAUAUAUUUAGAAGAACAUAUACAGAUAGUACAUGGCCAUUCUACAUUUUCAACAAUGGCACACGAAGCGAUGAUUCAUGCCUGGUGCCUGGGUUUGAGAACAACAUUCACUGAUCAUUCCCUUUUUGGCUUCGCUGACGCAUCUGCGAUUCUCAUGAAUAAAUUAGUAUUGCGGUAUUCACUUGCCAAUGUGAAUAGAGUUAUUUGUGUCUCGUAUACUAGCAAAGAAAAUACGGUAUUGCGAAGUGGUGUACUUGCAAGUAAAGUUGCAGUUAUUCCAAACGCAAUUGAUACUGAUGUGUUUGUGCCCGAUCCAUUUUUGUUCCGGAACAAUCCAACGACGGUUAUCGUUCUUUCCAGACUGGUAUAUCGUAAGGGAGCUGAUAUAUUAAUAAGAAUUAUACCUCGUGUUUGUUCACUUCAUAAUUCGGUGCGAUUUAUUAUUGGGGGUGAUGGACCGAAACGGAUUGAAGUAGAAGAAAUGCGCGAAAAAUACUGUUUGCAAGAUCGAGUAACCAUGCUAGGCACACUUCCUCACAAUCAGGUGCGCGAUGUUCUUGUACAGGGGCAGAUAUUUUUGAACACUUCGCUUACAGAAGCCUUCUGCAUAAGCAUUGUUGAAGCUGCUUCUUGUGGCCUUCACGUGGUUUCUACACGGGUUGGUGGAAUUCCAGAAGUUCUGCCGGAGGAUUUUAUCGUGCUAGUGGAACCUGAACCAAACAAUUUGACUGACGCUUUGCUGAAAGUGAUUCGAUUGCGAGAAAAUGGGCAGUUAACUGCACCGGAAAAGAAGCAUGAUGUGAUUUGUGGCAUGUAUCGUUGGCCUGACAUUGCGAAAAGAACUGAAAAAGUUUAUCUUUCUGCACUGCAAUGCCCGCAAUUGUCUUGGUUUGAGGGACUCUUAAGAUAUUGCGCGUGUGGAAUUGGACUCGGUAUAUUGUAUGUUUGGGUUGUUUUGUUAAACAUGAUCUUCAUCACAGUUCUUAACUACUUUGACCCAGUUCCGUCUACGAAUAAUUGGGAAGCAGAAAACAGAUCGCCUCGUCCAGUAAAAAACGGUCUUCUUACUAAACGUUUGCUUGGCCCACAUUCUUCUACAAGCAAUAUUCGAAAUAAGCACUAA